AUGGAUUGGCUCCCUCACCGAACAACUGCUUUUCUGUUCCUUUUAUUGGUACUCUUGGAUUUCAGCACAGGAUUUCAUGUAAAGGUAAAAGAAUGGGAUGAAAAUGGAGUGGCAAAAUGGAAAACCUUCCGAAGACAAAAACGUGAAUGGAUCAAAUUUGCUGCAGCUUGUAGAGAAGGAGAAGAUAAUUCUAAGAGGAAUCCAAUUGCCAAAAUCUCGUCAGACUGUGCAGAAAAACACACAAUCACAUACAGCAUCUCCGGAGCUGGAGUCGAUCGUGCCCCCUACGGAGUAUUUGUUAUUAACCCACAAACUGGAGAGAUUAAUAUAACAUCGAUAGUGGAUAGGGAAGAGAUCCCAGUAUUUGUUAUACGUUGCUUUGCUAAACACUCAGUGACGGGUGUAGACUUGGAACCACCUCUUGAACUUCGAGUGAGAGUUCUGGAUAUAAAUGAUAACCCUCCUAAAUUUGUACAAGAAGUAUUUACAGGAUCUAUUGAAGAAUGCAGUAUGGACAACACACUGGUGAUGAAAAUAAUUGCAACAGAUGCAGAUGAACCUAAUAACUUGAAUUCUAAAAUUGCCUUCAAGAUAGAGAGUCAGGAACCUUCAGGUCCACCAAUGUUCAUCAUGAACAGACAUACUGGAGAACUUCAUCUAGCAAAUUAUCUUGACAGAGAGCAACAUGGUAGCUACACUCUUGUCGUGAAGGCAUCAGACCGGGAUGGAGCUGCAGAUGGAAUUUCUUCUUUUUGUAGCUGCAAUGUUAAAGUUAUUGAUGUCAAUGACAACUUCCCAACUCUUGCUCAAAGCUCUUUUUCAGCAAGUAUUUCAGAAAAUUCACUUAGCUCAGAACUGCUACGAAUACAAGCUCUGGAUGCUGAUGAAGAGUUUACAGAUAACUGGUUAGCAGAGUUUUUCUUUAUAUCUGGUAAUGAAGAUAACUGCUUUGAAAUUGUUACAGAUCCAGUUACAAAUCAAGGAAUCCUUAGAGUCAUUAAGGAACUGAAUUAUGAACACCUCCAAAGUCAUUCACUGAGUAUUGGUGUCAAAAACAAAGCUGCCUUCCACCACUCUGUUUCAUCUCAGUAUCAAGUUGUUGGAACACCUCUCACAGUAGAAGUAAAAAAUGUGGUUGAACCACCAAGAUUUCAUCCAUCUUCUAUUAGCUUUUCUAUAUCAGAAAGUUCAAGACAGAAUCACGUUGUUGGAACAUACACAGCCAUUGACGAGGACACUGGGACUGUGGCAUCUAAUGUCAUAUAUAGUAUAGGACGUGAUCCAGGUGCUUGGUUCAGAAUCAAUCCAAACACUGGUGAAAUCACACUGAACAAAGUUAUUGACCGGGAAUCAUCCUAUGUAGUCAAUGGGGAAUACAGAGCAGAGGUUCGGGCUAUUACCAGAGGGCUUCCUCAACAUACUGCUACUGGUACCAUUGUACUUUUAGUACAAGAUAUUAAUGAUAAUUGUCCAACUACUAGUACAGAAACAAGAAAAGUAUGUAUGCAUUCUCCAUCAGUGAUUAUCACAGCAAAGGAUAUGGAUAGUAACCGGUUUGGCUCCCCCUUUGCAUUCAGCAUACAUGGUGAACCUCAGACUACAUGGAUUAUCAGAUCAAUAAAUGCUUCCUCUGCAGAGCUAGUGGGUCAGAAUAUUGACUUUUCAUUUUAUAAGAUCCAUGUCAACAUUAGAGAUAACCAAGGUCGAAGCUGCCUACGACCACAUGUAAUUCCGGUGCAAGCCUGCCAGUGUGAUAGUCGCAAUUACUGCACCCGUGAGGCUACAAAAAUAACCAUCAUUGGCGGUGGUGGUGGUGCUGGUGGUGGUGCUGAUGGUGGUGCUGGUGGUGGUUCUAGUGGUGGUGCUGGUGGUGGUUCUAGUGGUGGUGCUGGUGGUGGUACCGGUGGUAGCGCUGGUGGUGGUACCAGUGGUAGCGCUGGUGGUGAUGACGGGGAGGAUUACAAUGGUGGAUACAGCGAAGGUUAUGAUGAUGGAAUUACUGGAGACGGUGGUCAAACUUAUGAUGGACUGGGAGGCAGAGAGUCCCAAUCUUCUACCACACUUAGCGGUGCUGCCAUCGGCCUGAUGUUUCUUGGUGGAUUAAUAUUUGUUCUGAUUCCAAUUUUGAUGUCAAUGAGCGACUGUUGCGGCUGUGGACCUGGAGCUGCAGGUGGAGUUGGAACUGGAUUUGAACCUGUACCUGAAUGCACAGAAGGGGCAAUUCAUCCAUGGGGAAUAGAAGGUGCACAGCCUGAAGACAGGGAUGUCUCACACAUUCUUGCCCCAACAACUGCUGCUGGAGGUGAAUUUGGUGAACCCUCUGACAUAUAUACAAACACAUAUGGAGGAGGAGGAGGAGUACCUUCUGGUGUUGAAGACACUACAGCGGUUGGCUAUGGUACUGGCACUGGUUACGGAACAGCUGGAGGAAUUUCUGGAACAGGAGAAGCAAAGGGGUCAUGCGGAGGAACGAUAAAAGAGUAUCGAGAAGGAGGGGUGAAUAUGGCCUUCCUAGACAACUACUUCUCUGAGAAAGCAUUUGUGUAUGCAGAUGAAGAUGAAGGUCGUCCAGCAAAUGACUGUCUAUUAAUAUAUGAUCAUGAAGGAGUAGAUACUCCUGUUGGCUCUGUGGGUUGCUGCAGCUUUAUUGGAGAAGAUACAGAUGAAACGUAUUUGGAUACAUUAGGACCAAAAUUUAAGACCCUGGCAGAGAUCUGUCUGGGCAAAGAAAUUGAAACUUUUCCUGAAGUUAACCUGCCAUGGCCAUCUGGUAGUGCUACCUUUCCCAACCCUGAAAGCGAGCUAAAUCUUCCACCACCUGGAACCACCAUCAUUGUCAACGGAAGUGCACCAAUGCCUCCGCCAGCUGGUACUACAACAAUUGUUACCGAAAACACCUAUACAUCCGGGUCUACCUUGCAGCCCCCAAGGCUGACAUCUGAUCCUUUGCUCCACGGCAAUGUGAUGGCGACUGAGACCUACACAUCCGGCCCACCGUCCCUUAGCGUUGACCCUCUGCACGCGUCAAACGUCGUCGUAACCGAAAGAGUUGUCGGGCCGGCAUCUGCCUCCGAUUUGCGUGGCAUGCUAGACAUCCCUGAUCUCACGGAGGGGUCCAAUGUCAUUGUCACGGAAAGAGUGAUCGCGCCCAACUCGCGGCUCCCAGCCUCCCUGAGCAUUCCCGACCUCGUAGACGGGUCGAACGUGGUGGUAACAGAAAGGGUGAUCCGACCAGCCACUGGGAUGCCCGGCAGCUUAAUCAACAUCCCUGCCGAGCUGUCCAGCACCCACAACAUGGUGGUCACAGAAAGAGUAGUGUCGGGGGCUCCAAUGAGCGGCCUGGGUGGGGCCAGCCUAGGUGGGAUGAAUAGCGCGGCCCAGAUUUUGAAUGCCGACUGCCACCUCAGCCAGCCCGUGGGCACGGCCUCCCCCGGCACCUCGCGGCAGAGGGUGACCAAGUACAGCACCGUGCAGUACUCCAGCCAGUGA